AUGGACGCAAAAGCUUCUGAAGCCACUAACUCUGUCGAUGAGCAACUCGUUUUCGGGAAGGAAGAGUUUAAGGAAUCCGCUGAAGACACCAAGGAAAAUGCGUCAGAAGCUGGAUUCAAGAUUUCUGAUGGUUUCCACUCGAUCACUGAUUCCAUGGAAAGUGACUCCGGCCACAAAACCGGAGAAGCUUUCAAUGAACCCAGGAAUGACAUUGGAGACAACCUCCAGAAGAAUGUAGAUGCGGUGAAGGAGAUUGCUGGAAAUGUAGCAGAGGGUGUGAGGGAUAAGGCAGAUGAUGUUGCAGAGGAUGUUCGAGAGAAUAUUACUGAAGCAGUGAGCAAACUUUCGGAAGCUUUUAAUUGUACUAUUCCGGAAGAUAUAGUUAAUGAAGCUUAUUAA